AUUGCGUCGUCCCGAACGCCCGGCACGCACCUCUCCCCUUAUCCAUUUCUUCCGUUCCCCAUCGACACUCACUUCGUGGCGAGGAGCUUGGCAGCGAGGCGCUCGACGGCAGAGACAACGAGCGGGAGGAGGUGUGCGGCGGCGGAGACGAGGAGCUGGAGGAGCCGUGUGGCGACGCGGUGUUUCCAAACCCUCGAUAGUGGAGGCAGUACUCGGCGGCGAUGCAGGUGCGUGGCGUCGUGUUGACGGCGGCGAUGCCGGUGCGCGGCAUCCGUGCGUGGGCACGUCGUUGCGGGGAACGACUCCCUGACGGGAUCACGGGGAACGGCGGCCUGACGAGGAGAUCCGGUGUCCUCGUCGCCGCCGUAUGUCGGAGCGCCGCGGCCGCUCGCCGGGAUGGCUCGCGCCGGUGCUAUCCACGCCCGGCGGCAGCCACACGAUGCCAGCGUCGGCAAGCUGGAACGUCUCGCCGACCUGGGCGCCUCCUUCAGCGGCGCUAGGAUCUCCUGCAAUCGGGCGGUGCUGGAGCUCCACUACGGCAGCGGUCAUUGCCCCUACAAACGCUAGGUGCUGGCACAGCACCAGGAGAUGGGCCGCCUAUGCAAGGACGUUGCAGGCCACAGGAGGCUUUCACUUGAUGAGUUUACUAAAAGAUGUUCCGACACUCAGAGGUGACAAUCACACUGAGUGGAGGAAGAAAGUUGAACUGGCAUUUGUCUGUGCUGAUCUGGACUGGGUCUUGGAAGAACCACAGCCGGUCACACCUAUAGAGCCAGUAAGAGAGGUCACUGAUGAUGAUGCUGCAUGGGCUAAAAAGAGGGGGGAUUAUGCUCCCUUGGAGAUGUCAUACAUCAUAGAAAACCAAAAGUGGGUCCAUGCAAACAAAAAGUGCAUGGCAUUUAUAAAGAAUAUAAUUGAGAGCACCAUUGUGGGCUUCAUUGCAAAGUGCACUUCCGCAGGGGAGUUGCUUACAAAGAUAAAUAGUCUGUUCACUUGCUCUUCAAUGAUAUAUGCCAUCCAGGUGUUAGAGCAACUGGUGACAGAAUGCUACAUGGGUGGUAGUCAUAGAAUAAGAGAGCACAUCCUCAGGAUGAGCAAUAUGGCAGCAAAGCUAAAGCCCAUGGAUGAGGAUCUGGAGAUCAAACCAAAGCUCCUGGUCCAUCUGGUCAUGGUCUCACUGCCAAAGGAGUUUGAAACUUUUGUUGUAAACUACAAUAUGUCACCUGGAACAUGGGACAUUGAAAAGACAAUAGCAAUGUGUGUCCAAGAAGAGGACAGACUCAAAGCCUCACAUGGUGGUACACUCAACUAUGUGAAGGGUCACAAGAAAAAGAAUUACAAUCAAAACAACAAAAGUUCUCCUUCAAAGCCACAAGGAAAAGCUCCCUAUCAGCAUCAGCGUCAGCAACAACCUUUUCCAGUGGACAAAGACACUUGUCUGCACUGUAAGAAGACCGGGCAUUACAAGAAAGACUGCCCUGUUUGGCUGAAGUCCUUAAUGGCAAAGCAAGGGAUUCCAAUCGACCUGGACUACGCUAAGAAGAUAAAGAGGCAUUGAGGUAGCAAAUGGAGUUCAAGCGGAAGUUGAAGCUGUCGGCGACAUCUCCUUGGAGUAAGCUGAUGGAUUCAAUCUUCUACCAAGAGAUGUUCUUUAUGUUCCCUCAUGUAAUAGAAACUUAAUUAGCGUUUCAUGUUUGGACAAAGAAAAUUAUGAGUGUUAUUUUGGACAUGGCAAGUGUGCCAUAUGGUAUAAUAAUGCUUAUGUGGGUG